AUGGCAAUAGCAAAGAAGGAUGACAAACGCAGAUGGUCCGUUGUAGACGAUGGAAAUCGUGUCUUUAUUUGCGAACGGUGGAUGGUAAGACGACAGAGGUCAUUUGUUCGGGAACGGUGUCCGGACUGCCAACUUCUUACUUUUUAUAAUUUUCUUUAUUUACUUUUAAUCUUCUGUUUCUUUCUUUCUUUCCUUCUCUGUUUCUUUCUUUCCUUCUCUGUUUCUUUCUUUCCUUCUCUGUUUCUUUCUUUCUUUCCUUCAGUUUCUUUCUUUCCUUCUCUGUUUCUUUCUUUCCUUCUGUUUCUUUCUUUCCUUCUCUGUUUCUUUCUUUCUUUCCUUCUCUGUUUCUUUCUUUCCUUUUCCUUUCUUUUAUUUCCUUUUCUUUUCUUUCCUUCCUUCUGUUUCUUUCUUUCUUUCUUUCCUUUUUUCUCUUCUUGUUUCUUUCUUUCUUUCCUUCUCUGUUUCUUUCUUUCUUUCCUUCUGUUUCUUUCUUUCCUUCUCUGUUUCUUUCCUUCAGUUUCUUUCUUUCCUUCUCUGUUUCUUUCUUUCUUUCCUUUUCUGUUUCUUUCUUUCUUUCCUUCUGUUUCUUUCUUUCCUUCUCUGUUUCUUUCUUUCCUUCUCUGUUUCUUUCUUUCCUUCUGUUUCUUUCUUUCCUUCUGUUUCUUUCUUUCCUUCUCUGUUUCUUUCUUUCCUUCUGUUUCUUUCUUUCCUUCUGUUUCUUUCUUUCCUUCUCUGUUUCUUUCUUUCCUUUUCUGUUUCUUUCUUUCUUUCCUUCUCUGUUUCUUUCUUUCCUUCUGUUUCUUUCUUUCCUUCUCUGUUUCUUUCUUUCUUUCCUUUUCUGUUUCUUUCUUUCUUUCCUUUUCUGUUUCUUUCUUUCUUUCCUUCUGUUUCUUUCUUUCCUUCUCUGUUUCUUUCUUUCCUUCAGUUUCUUUCUUUCCUUCUCUGUUUCUUUCUUUCUUUCCUUCUCUGUUUCUUUCUUUCUUUCCUUUUCUGUUUCUUUCUUUCUUUCCUUCUCUGUUUCUUUCUUUCCUUCAGUUUUCUUUCUUUCUCUUUCCUUUUCUUUCUUUCAUUUUCCUUUUCUGUUUCUUUCUUUCCUUCUGUUUCUUUCUUUCCUUCUUGUUUCUUUCUUUUCCUUCAGUUUUCUUUUUCCUUUCUUUUCUUUCUUUCUUUCCUUCUCUGUUUCUUUCUUUCUUUCCUUUUUUUUCUUUCUUUCCUUCAGUUUCUUUCUUUCCUUCUCUGUUUCUUUCUUUCCUUCUGUUUCUUUCUUCCCUUCUGUUCACUGACCUUCUUUCCUUUCUUUCUUUCUUUCUUUCCCUUCUCUUUUCUUUCUUUCCUUUUCAGUUUUCUUUCCUUCUUUUCUUUCUUUUCUCUGUUUCUUUCUUUCUUUCCUUCUCUGUUUCUUUCUUUUUUCCUUUUCUGUUUCUUUUUUUCUUUCCUUCUUUUUUCUUUUUCUCUUUUUCUUUCUUUCCUUCAGGUUCUUUCUUUCCUUCUCUUUUCUUUCUUUCUUUCCUUCUGUUUCUUUCUUUCCUUCUCUGUUUCUUUCUUUCCUUCAGUUUCUUUCUUUCCUUCUCUGUUUCUUUCUUUCUUUCCUUCUCUGUUUCUUUCUUUCUUUCCUUUUCUGUUUCUUUCUUUCUUUCCUUCUGUUUCUUUCUUUCCUUCUCUGUUUCUUUCUUUCCUUCUGUUUCUUUCUUUCCUUCUCUGUUUCUUUCUUUCUUUCUGUUUCUUUCUUUCUUUCCUUCUCUGUUUCUUUCUUUCCUUCUCUGUUUCUUUCUUUCCUUCUCUUUCUUUUUUCCUUCUCUUUCUUUUCUUUCUUUUUCUGUUUCUUUCUUUCCUUUUCUGUUUCUUUCUUUUUUUCCUUCUCUGUUUCUUUCUUUCCUUCUUUUUUCUUUCUUUUUCUCUCUGUUUCUUUUCUUUCUUUUUCUCUGUUUCUUUCUUUCCUUUUCUGUUUCUUUCUUUCCUUCUGUUUCUUUCUUUCCUUCUGUUUCUUUCUUUCCUUCUCUGUUUCUUUCUUUCCUUUUCUGUUUCUUUCUUUCCUUCCUUUUCUUUCUUUUUUCUUUCCUUCUGUUUCUUUCUUUCCUUCUCUGUUUCUUUUUUCCUUCAGUUUUCUUUCUUUCCUUCUCUGUUUCUUUCUUUCCUUCUCUGUUUCUUUCUUUCUUUCCUUUUCUGUUUCUUUCUUUCUUUCUUUCCUUCUGUUUCUUUCUUUCCUUUCCUUCUUUCCUUCUGUUUCUUUCUUUCCUUCUCUGUUUCUUUCUUUCUUUCCUUCUCUGUUUCUUUCUUUCUUUCUUUUGGUUUCUUUCUUUCCUUCUCUGUUUCUUUCUUUCCUUCAGUUUCUUUCUUUCCUUCAGUUUCUUUCUUUCCUUCUCUGUUUCUUUCUUUCUUUCUUUCUUUUUCUGUUUCUUUCUUUCCUUCAGUUUCUUUCUUUCCUUCUCUGUUUCUUUCUUUCCUUCUGUUUUUCUUUCUUUCCUUCUUUUUCUUUUUUCUUUCUUUUUUCCUUUCCUUCUCUGUUUCUUUUAUUUCUUUUCUUCUUCUUCUUUCUUUAAACUUUCCUUUUCUGUUUCUUUCUUUCUUUCCUUCUGUUUCUUUCUUUCCUUCUUUUUUUCUUUCUUUUUCUUCUCUGUUUCUUUCUUUCUUUCCUUCUCUUUUCUUUCUUUCCUUCCUCUUUCUUUCUCUGUUUCUUUCUUUCCUUCUCUUUUUUUCCUUCUCAUUUCUUUCUUUUCUUUCCUUUUCUGUUUGUUUCUUUCCUUCUGUUUCUUUCUUUCCUUCUCUUUUCUUUCUUUCCUUCUCCUUUCUUUCUUUUCUCUGUUUCUUUUCUUCUUUUCUUUCUUUCUUUCUUUUCUUUCUUUCCUUCUCUGUUUUUCUUUCCUUCUCCUUUUCUUUCUUUCUUUUCUUUUUCUUUCUUUUCCUUCUCUGUUUCUUUCUUUCCUUCUCCAUUCUUUCUUUCCUUCUUUUCCUUCUUUCUUUCCUUCUCUGUUUCUUUCCUUUCCUUCUCUGUUUCUUUCUUUCUUUCCUUCUCUGUUUCUUUCUUUCCCUUCUGUUUCUUUCUUUUUCUUUUUCUUUCCUUCCUUUCUCUUUCUUUUCUUCUCUGUUUCUUUUCUUUCUUUUCUGUUUCUUUCUUUCUUUCCUUUUCUUUUCUUUCUUUUUUUCCUUCUCUGUUUCUUUCUUUCCUUCUUCUUUCUUUCUUUCCUUCUCUGUUUCUUUCUUUCUUUCCUUCUUCUUCUUUCUUUUCCUUCUCUGUUUCUUUCUUUCCUUCUCUUUUCUUUCUUUCCUUCAGUUUCUCUUUCCUUCUUGUUUCUUUCUUUCUUUCCUUCUCUGUUUCUUUCUUUCUUUCCCUUCUUUUCUUUGCUUUCCUUCUCUGUUUCUUUCCUUUUUCUUUUUUUCCUUCUCUGUUUCUUUCUUUCCUUCUCUGUUUUUUCUUUCUUUUUCCUUUUCUUUUCUUUCUUUCUUUUUCUGUUUCUUUCUUUCCUUUCUUUUCUUUCUUUCUUCUAUUUUUCUUUCCUUCUCUGUUUCUUUCUUUCUUUUUCUUUCUUUCUUUUUCUUCUCUGUUUCUUUCUUUCCUUCUGUUUCUUUCUUUCUCUUUCUUUCUUUUCUUUCUUUUUCUUUCCUUCUUUCUUUCUUCUUUUUAUUCAUUUAUUUUUCAUAAAUUUUUAUUUCCUUCUUUUUCUUACUUUCUUCUUUUAUCACUCUUUUAAUAUUCUUCUUCAUUUUAUUUUUCACUUUUGUUUUCUUCCUUCCUUCUCUUUUCCCUUCCUUCCUUUCCUCAUCCUUCUUUCUUUCUUUCUUUUUUCCCUUCCUUCCUUCCUUCCUUCCUUCCUUCCUUCCUUCCUUCCUUCCUUCUCACAUUCUUUUCCUUCUAUCUUUCUUUUCCUUCUAUCCUUUUCCUUCCAUCCUUCUUUCCUUCCUUUUUCUCCUCACUCCCUUAUUUCCUUCCUCCCUAUUUUCUAUAUUUUCUCCUUUAUUCACUUCUUUUUCUUUUUUCUUCAAUAUUUUUCCUUUUCUUUAUUUUUCUUUCUUUCUUUCUUUCUUUCUUUCUUUCUUUCUUUCUUACCCCUUCAUUUUCUCACUCUUUCUUCUUUCCAAUUCCAUCCUUUUCCUUACUUUUUUAUUUUUCCUUUCUAUUUAUUUCCUUUUUUUUUUAUUUUCCCACUCCACAUUUCCCUCACUUCCCCAUUUUUUCUUUUAAUUUUACUACAGAAUUUACAACUUAAUUCUUUGCUCUCUUCUAUUUAUCUUUUUUUUUUCUUUUUCUUUCACAAAAUGGUUGAAACAGAAUACAGCUUGGUCAAAUUUACCAGCCAGAAAUAUAGGAUAUCCUCAAAUCUGACAGUUCUAACCAGGGGGCGACUUCAUAUUUGUUUCAUGUCUUUGAUUGUGGGUGGACAUUAA